UUCUUCAGUAAAGAGUUCCACUUCCUCUCACUAAUACAAAUGUGAAGAAGAACUGCUUACCAAAAACAAAUGAAUGAUGACAGAGCCACAUCGAUAUUUAAAACGAAUUACGAUUUACCGAUAAUACACAAUGCCACAAAGGAGAUAUUCUUGAAUGAUGUAUAUCCAAAGAGAGUACCAGUUAUUUUGAGAGGUGUAGACAUUGGGCCAUGCAGAGAAAAAUGGUCAGUUGAGCAUCUCAGAAAAUCAGGAGGGGACAAGGAGGUGAAGAUCCAUGUGUCCACUACUCCACAGAUGGAUUUUUUAAAGAAAAACUUUGUCUACAGAUCAUUACCAUUUUCAACUUUUGUGCAAAGGGCAGCAGAAAUAAGACACUCUGAGUUUUUCCUCUCUGAGGAAGAGCAUUACUACCUGAGGGCUCUUGGUGAUGAUCCUAGAAAAGACAUAGCAGAUAUUCAUCAUCAGUUCCCUGACCUGGCUGCGGACAUUCACUUACCGGAGUUCUACGAGCCAUCUCAGUUCUACUCCAGCGUGUUUCGUAUUGCAUCACCCGGACUACAGUUGUGGACCCACUAUGAUGUGAUGGACAACCUGCUUAUACAAGUCAAUGGUCGCAAGCGGGUGGUGCUAUUCAGCCCCAAAGAAGUGGAAAAUUUAUACCUGAAUGGAGACAAGUCUGAGGUCAUUGACAUUGACAGUCCUGAUCUGGAGCGGUUCCCCAAGUUUCCAGAUGCAGAGAGACACGAGGGAUUCCUUGAGCCAGGAGACAUUCUCUUCAUACCUGCCCUAUGGUUCCAUAACGUGAUCUCCCUGGAGUUCGGCGUUGCUGUGAACGUGUUCUGGAGACACCUCCGCUCUGACCUGUAUGACCACAAGGACACGUACGGCAACAAGGACCCCCAGCCUGCUGCCAGAGCCACCCAGAUCCUGGACCGAGCCCUGAAGACCCUGGAGGAGCUGCCGCCCGAGUAUCGGGACUUCUACGCCCGUCGACUGGUCACCAGGAUCCAGACCAAGGCCUACUUGAAACCAGACGACUCUGUGACUUGAUGUCAGUUCUGUUUGAUAUUGUAUAAUUUAAGAUUAUUAAAUGUUUGGCGAACCAAA